GCCACAUUCUGACAGUCAGAGACAGAGAGCAAGCUCUGCCGCACCCUUUCUCUAUCGCGCACAGGUGAACUGCGGCCAAACGACCAAAGUCACUCGAAAGUCACAUUUGGAUUGUAAUUUUUGGCCAAAUUUAUGGAUUAAACAAAGACUAAACUCGUGUCUGGAGACGGAUAUGAAGGGAUAGGCGCUAAAGCAAGACUAAGACCAAAGAGAAGGGACAACGUCUCAGCCCACACACGAUUGGAGGAGAUAGACGUCAAUCAAACUGGACGCCGUCCAUUCCCUCCUACCCCUCAUGGCGAGACCACCCCCAACCCACCAAUAGGGCGAGUCCCAUCCACACGAACCCCCGCCACCACUCAUCCGUCCGGACAAUCCAAUUGGUCCCCCUCACUCCACUUAACUUCUGCCCACUCUACGCUCCACCCCAUCCACCCCCUCUGAUUGGUCAAGAUGGACAAGUUGACAGACGAUGUCCCCGGGUGCUACUACAACCGUACAGUGCAGUUCUUCUACGAACAUAGUGGCAAGAACAUCAGCGCCCACUGGCGUCCUCGGGACUACGUGGUGGUGAGCCUGGGCAUGGGUGUGUCUGUCAUCGUCAUCCUGGCCAACAUCCUGGUCAUGGUGGCCAUCUUCAUCAACCGACGAUUCCACUUCCCUAUCUACUAUCUGCUAGGCAACCUGGCGGCAGCAGACCUGUUCUCAGGUAUCGCCUACCUGCACCUGAUGUUCCACACUGGGCCCUGGACCAUCAAGCUGUCCAAGAACCAGUGGUUUGUACGCCAGACCCUGAUCGACUCCAGUCUGACAGCAUCGGUGUUGAACCUCCUGGCCAUCGCCUUGGAGCGUCACCAGACCAUCUUCACCAUGCAGCUCCACAGUAAGAUGACCAACCGCCGUGUGGUGCUGCUCAUCGCCCUUAUCUGGGGCCUAGCCAUCUUCAUGGGCCUGGUUCCCACCAUGGGCUGGCACUGUGUGUGUGACCUGGAAAACUGCUCCACCAUGGCCCCCAUGUACAAACGCUCCUACCUGGUGUUCUGGGCUGUGCUCAACCUGUUCACCUUCUCUCUCAUGGUGGCUGCCUACACCAGGAUCUUUGUGUACGUCAGACACAAGAGCCAGAGGAUGUCUCAGCACACCAGCCAGAUACGACACAAGGAGACUGUGUUCAACCUGAUGAAGACGGUUUCUAUGAUCCUGGGUUGUUUUGUGAUCUGCUGGACCCCGGGCCUGGUGUUGUUGAUGUUGGAUGGUCUGGGCUGUGAAUCUUGCCAGGUGCUGCGUUAUGAGAAGUACUGUCUGGUCCUGGCUGAGUGUAACUCCCUGGUCAACCCCAUCAUCUACAGCUUCAGAGACACGGACAUGUUACAGACCUUCAAGCGGAUCCUCUGCUGCCUGUGUCGCCGCGGCGACGCUGGCCGCAAAGACACGCUGUCCGGCAUGCGCUGCAACACCCUGGAGCAAGAGCCGUAUGAGAAUGGUGAUGCGGAGCUGGUGGAGAAGACCAGGGGAGCUCCUCUCAUCCUGAAGGGAACAGAGGACAUGAUGACGUCCACAGAGAGCUGACACGAGCAUACGCACGCACGCACACACACACACAGUGUGUGAUUAUUUUGGGGGAGUUUCUGAAUCCUGCUGAAUGUUUUUAUUGUAUAGAUGUGAUGUUUAGUUGUAUUGAUGUAAAAUGUUGUUUGUAUGAUACUGUAUGUUACAGAAAACAUGAAUACAGUUACCUACAGGCACUGACAUUUCUGUUUGAAACAACUUUAUUGACAUUGUCCCAUUUACACUCAGAUAUGUGUUGACAUGUGGUCUACCCGAGCAGCCAGCUCAGUAGAAAAGUCAUCAUUACAAUCAGAACUGAAUAUUUAUGACUUUUUAAUUUGACAUUUUAUUUAUGCAUUUUUUGUUGUUGAUCUUACGAGAAUAGUCUGCGCUGUGUAUACAGUGAGGGGAGAGGUGUGUGUGCAGGGGUUGGAGAGGGGUGUGUGUGUGUACUGCAUAACAUGUUAGGUGAGUUUUAAGAAAGGGAGGGGGGGUAUUUGUAAAGACAUUUUACUGUUAUUAAAUGUAUUGUUAGGUUCUGAACAGAGUAUAAACUCUGUAAAAGUUUAUUCACCGCCCUGAAUGCCUCGGCUGCAAGCACAUUUCACACAUGAUCAAACAGGCAUUUAUACAUCAGGGUGUAUCUUCUCUGAACUGCCAUCUGUUGCCCAAUACUGCCUACAUGUUGCGUCGUUGUCUUGGCCUUCCAGCCGUCUGCCAGCCGUCCCUCUCAUCUGUCUAGCUGUCUAGAGAAUGAAGGAAUAGACUGUAGACCAGUCUGUAUUGUAGACUGAUGUGUUCUGGUUGUUUCUGUGACCUCACAAUCAGUUUCAUGGUCAGAAAUGAUGGAAACCGCUUCUAUUAAAGAACCUACAACACUA